UGAUUCCUGAACGGUAACGGGGGUGCCGUUUUAGCGGAAAGAGUCCCUCGCUUUAGGCCUUUAGCACGUUUUCGGGGUUCUUCCGUUUCUUCGAGCAUCCUCUUGUGAUCAACUGCGUUUCUAAUCUUUUGAUUAAAGUUUUUCGCCUAACAAGGGAAAUUUAGUGAUAAAUCAUGCCGGACGUGCAGGCUCUUGUCAAUGAUUUCAUUAGCAAGCUUAAAAAACGUAAGAUUGAGGGCUCUCAUGCAACGGCGAGGCUGGCAGCGGAAUUGCUUCGGUCUGUGAUUUCACAACAGCGAGUGCCUUACACAAACCAGGCUGGAUCUUUGAUUGAUGCUGUGAAGGCUGUUGGAGAGCAGCUUGUAGCGGCAAAUCCUGUCGAGCUUGCGGUGGGGAAUAUUGUGAGGCGUGUUUUGCAUAUUAUCAGGGAGGAGGAUCUUUCCCUGACAACGGCUUCCAUGGCGGGGUUGAACUUAUCACCUGUAAGCGACGAUGAAGAUGACAAUCAGAAAGAUGAUCAUUCAGUUUUAUCAGCUGCCGUGGUUGCUGCUGCUGCAAGAAGUGCUCUACGUCCCCCUUCCUUGCAAACCUUGCUGGAGGACCUUCCCAACUCAUCCGCUAUUCCACGCACUUCUUCAUCAGGGGGUGAUUCUGAAGGAAAAAGCAAAUCUGCUGAUAAAAGUUCAAGAACUCGGAAGCUGAAGCAUGAUGUCAUUGAAGCUGUUAAUGAACUUAUCCAAGAUAUAGAUACUUGCCAUGAACAGAUCGCCGAGCAAGCGGUAGAGCACAUCCAUCAAAAUGAGGUAAUACUAACAUUAGGUAGUUCGAAGACUGUGUUGGAAUUUCUUUGUGCUGCAAAGGAGAAGAAACGAUCAUUUCGAGUAUUUGUCGCUGAGGGUGCUCCGAGAUACCAAGGUCAUUUGCUUGCAAAAGAACUGGCCACAAGAGGGUUACAGACGACUCUGAUUACUGACUCAGCAAUUUUUGCAAUGAUUUCUCGAGUGAAUAUGGUUAUAGUUGGAGCUCAUGCUGUUAUGGCCAAUGGAGGGGUUAUUGCACCUGUUGGGAUGAAUAUGCUUGCUCUUGCUGCUCAGAGGCAUGCUGUUCCUUUUGUGGUACUGGCUGGCAGUCACAAGUUGUGCCCUCUGUAUCCACAUAAUCCUGAGGUCUUACUCAAUGAACUAAGAUCCCCAUCUGAGCUGCUAGAUUUUGGAGAAUUUUCAGACUGCAUGGAUUUUGGAAGUGGCAAUGGUUCCCCUCUUCUUCAUGUUGUUAAUCCAACAUUUGAUUAUGUGCCACCAAAGCUUGUUAGUCUGUUCAUUACUGACACUGGAGGGCAUAACCCUUCAUACAUGUACCGGCUCAUUGCUGAUUACUACUCUGCUGAUGAUUUGGUACUGCAAAGAAAACCUGCUCCGGGGAAUUGAUUUUGAUCUCCUUUCUUUUGCCAUAGAGAACUUCUGGAACUGCUAUUGACGAACCUGGCCUGUGGGUGAUGCGUUUAACUGGAAGCUGUGAAAUCAUCCUGAACGUUUUAGUGGUUGGAAAAAUUGCGGAUACCUAACUUGCUAUCUAAACAAUGCCAAUUUUGUGUUAAGUGAAUAGCUAUGUGCUGCAACUGUACAACAGAGAAUAGGAAUGAUUUUUUUAGUUAGCGAGAGGCUUUACUUUUCUGCUGGGAAGCGUACUAGAUAUUGUGACAAAACAACCGCCAUGUUAUUACAUUUAGCUGAGUCGAUUGAUGUUUUUUCCCUGAUGCCAUGCAUACAAUUUAUGGCUGUGUUGUAUCUGCAACAGAAGCUCUGGGAAUGUCUUUCAGGAUUAUUUUCUGUAUUCAACCCAUAAAUUUCAUGGAAAAUUGGAAUCUUUCUCAAAUAUUAUUCUUUCUA